CGCUGGCGUUGCUGUCGGGUUUGGAACCCCAGCGCCGACCCUCGCCCUCGACACCCGAAGCUGAGUCGCUGGCGCAGCCUUUGCCCCCGCAUCAAUCAUUAACGGGCCAGCUCGCCUGCUGCAGCCCAAGGAGGGGGGAUGGAACGUCUGCUUAGAGGCUUAGGUCUUCUCUUGAACCUGCAGCGACGCCCCGGGGCGAGCACAAAGGCUCCGACGGCAGCCGGCUGGACUGCGGAGUGCGCGGACGCAGGCGCCAGAGGUCGCCUGCUGGCGUCCUAGCCAAGCCUGGGGCACCAUGCUGCGACGCCUGCAGCCCCGGAGCGCGGGCACAAAAGGCCCACGGGCCACGACCGAGGCGGCUUUGGAGGCCGCCUCGCGCCCCCAUCCCUCAGCCUCCAGGGACUCUCCGGCCUCAGCCAAGCCGCUGCUGCGCUGGGACGAGGUGCCCGACGACUUCGUGGAGUGCUUCAUACUAUCGGGCUACCGGCGGCUGCCCUGCACGGUGCAGGAGUGCCUAGCCUCGGUGCUGAAGCCCACCAACGAGACUCUCAACUUCUGGACGCACUUCAUCCCCCUUCUGCUGUUCCUGAGCAAGUUCUGCCGCCUGUUCUUUCUGAGCGGCCGGGAUGUGCCCUUCCACCACCCCUGGCUGCUGCCGCUGUGGUGCUACGCGUCGGGCGUGCUGCUGACCUUUGCCAUGAGCUGCACAGCGCACGUGUUCAGCUGCCUGUCUCUGCGCCUGCGAGCCGCCUUCUUCUACCUGGACUAUGCGUCCAUCAGCUACUACGGCUUCGGUAGCACGGUGGCCUACUACUACUACCUGCUGCCGGGCCUCAGCUUGUUGGACGCCAGAGUGAUGACCCCUUAUGUGCAGCAGCGCUUGGGCUGGCAUGUGGACUGCACGCGCCUCAUCGCCGCCUACCGUGCGCUCGUGCUGCCUGUGGCCUUUGUGCUGGCGGUGGCCUGCACCGUGGCCUGCUGCAAGAGCCGCACAGACUGGUGCUCUUACCCGUUCGCGUUGCGCACCUUCGUCUUCGUCAUGCCGCUCAGCAUGGCCUGCCCCAUCAUGCUUGAGAGCUGGCUCUUUGAUCUGCGAGGCGAGAACCCCACGCUCUUCGUGCACUUCUACCGCCGCUACUUCUGGCUGGUGGUGGCUGCCUUCUUUAAUGUGAGCAAGAUCCCCGAGCGCAUCCAACCUGGCCUCUUUGACAUCAUAGGCCACAGUCACCAGCUCUUCCACAUCUUCACUUUCCUCAGCAUCUACGACCAGGUGUACUACGUCGAGGAGGGCCUGCGCCAAUUCCUCAAGGCGCCCCCUGCUGCUCCCACCUUUUCGGGCACCGUGGGCUACAUGCUGCUGCUGGUCGUCUGUUUGGGGCUGGUCAUCAAGAAGUUCCUGAACAGCUCCGAAUUCAGCAGUAAAAAGUGAGCCUCUGCCUUGCAGGAGGCUGCUGGUUUGCACCUGUUUGUACUUUCUGUUUUUACUGUUGUUGGUUUGUUUUCCAGUUUUGUUGUUUCCUUCUUUGCUCAAGGAGGGUGCUGCAGAGCCACAGGGGAAAAGUCCAAUAUGAUGGGGGUGGGGUGGGGGGUGGGGAUCCAGUGCACUUGGGGCUUUGGGUGAGGGAAGUGGGUCAAGCAGGAGGGGGAGGGCCACUGGUUUUUGCCCAUGGACAAAAUUCAGGUGGUGUCUGUGACAUCCAGGGAGUUUUUGAAGGCAGCGAAUAAAAUCCCAAAUAAAACCCAAAUCAGUUAUAUUUUCCAGUCGUCUUCUGUGCCAGCGGUAAUAAUACGUAGCCCUUGUGAGGUCAGGUAUGCAUUUAAGAGGGUAAGUAGACAAAAUCCCUGGAUACUUCCAUUUCAGUCUCAGGAGUGCUUGGAUUUGUCAAAAGAAUGGAGCUUUGUAGGAAACGGGCACAAAGACAUAAGCCCAGGGCUUAACAUACUAGAAAAUGCAUGGAAUGUGAACAACACAAGUUAAUUAUUUCAAAAUGUUUCUCAGAUGUUAUUUAAAUAGUAAUAUAUACAAUAAUUUUCAUAAGCCUGUUAUAUGCACUGAAUUUUGUGAUGUAGUUAUGAAUUUCGCAGCCCUUCUGCAUUGCAUACACUUGAACUGGACAUCAGGGCAAGCUGCUUGAGAGUUCUCAACUACUUUCUUAAACAGUGUUUUCUGAAGGCCUGUGUGCCAUGAUUCAAAUGUGAAUUAUUCUACCGUAGGGACUCUGGUUAGACUACUGGUGAGGAGCUCAGUGGUCUGUGUAGAUCCCAGAUGCCCAUUUACUGGAAUGUAUUCCACAAAACCUAUCCUAUUUUUGGUUUGUUUUGCUUUUAAUCUGAUUCUUUCCUUCUCUACUUAUUUAAAUUACCACUAGAAUAAAUGUGCCUUUGAAGCAA